UACUCACAGUGGAGCGGACACACUUCUUUCUCCAGACUGAGAAAGUUUAGAUAUGGGACAGGAGGAGCUCACUGUGGGAGAGAGGUUCAGGAAAGCAGGUUAAUGUUAGUUAUCUGGUUAAACAAACACAAGGAGAGAGAGAGAGGUGCUGAGUCAGUGUUGAGGGCUGGAGGUGCUAUGGGAACAGCGUUUGCGGAAAUGGAGAGAAACUGAAACUGGGUAAACAGACUGGGAGUCUGAGCACGGGCUCUGUGGUAAACUCGGGAAGUUGGCGGCGGGGAAGAAACAGGCCACGACCUCCUCAGUUCAUAACUUUUCCCUUCCGCCUGAACUCACUCAUUCACUCACUCUCUCAGUCACUCGCUCGCUCGCUGCGCUCAGACACACCGCUCCAUGGCGGCGCUGCGGAGGCUCUCAGUGGGGUUCUGUGCGCUGCUCCGGGGUCCCGGUCCGGCGGCUCCUCAUGGCUCCUUCUCUCACACCGUCACAGUGCCCAGGACCGGGAGGUGCUGUGUGCGGCCGCUGUGCAGUAAAGGGCCGGACUCAGGCUCUGUGGAAGUGGACCUGAGGCGGCUGGAGGGUGGAGACAGUGGUAUAGUGGAGGUGCUGAUGUGUCGGCAUCGGGCGCGGAACUCACUGGGCCAUGCGUUUGUGGGUCAGAUGCGAGAGUUGGUGUCAGGCUUGCACUAUGACUCUGCAGUCCGUGUGGUGGUCUUUAGGAGUCUGGUGCCAGGAGUAUUUUGUGCAGGGGCAGAUCUUAAGGAGAGAGCUCAGAUGAGUAACCCUGUGGCUGAGAAGUUCGUGCAUGGUCUUCGCUCUCUAAUGAAUGAAAUAGCUGCGCUGCCCAUGCCGACCAUCGCCGCUGUGGACGGCUUUGCUCUUGGAGGCGGGCUGGAACUGGCACUGGCCUGUGACCUCCGCACCGCAGCAUUCUCUGCACAGAUGGGCCUGAUUGAGACCACACGAGGUCUUCUUCCAGGGGCAGGGGGCAGUCAGAGGUUGCCUCGGGCAGUGGGCUUUGCAGUGGCUAAGGAGCUGAUCUUCACUGGGCGACGUGUGGGGGGGCAGCAGGCUCUGGAGCUAGGGCUGGUCAACCGGGCUGUCCCACAGAACGAGAGCGGAGACGCUGCCCAUAAAGAAGCUCUGAACCUGGCCAGAGAGAUCAUCCCUCAGGGUCCAAUCGCAGUGAGGAUGGCAAAGGAGGCCAUGAACCGAGGGAUCGAGGUGGACAUCGCUUCAGGAAUGGCUAUCGAGGGCAUGUGUUAUGCCAGGGUCAUUCCAACCCGAGACAGACAAGAGGGAAUGGCUGCUUUUAUAGAGAAGAGAACUCCCAGAUACACUGGAGAAUGAGCAGGCAAAAUGACACGCACAAUAACACACAUUUCAUGAUUUCAAAAGAGAAAAAGAAACAGCCGUACUGGUUGCUGUAAUAUAAAUAUAAAGGAUGGAUAUAUGUUGUGUUUUUCUUAAGCUCUUGAAUGGAAUUUAGACAUGAAGAGCAGAUUUAGGUGUAGAUUCUGUACUGCUUUGUGAAUGUUAAUAAACUAUAUGUACAAAUA